GGGAGGGGGAGUAGGAGGGGUCAAAGGUCGCCGCCGGGCGCGCCAUGGCCGCCGCGCACAUGGAGCUGCUGUGCUGGCGGGGAGCCUGGGGGCUGCCCUCGGUCGACUCUGGCUGCCUCAUCGUCAUGGCAUAUGCCCAUUUUUCCAAUGCACCAGUAAAACUGAAGAAAACUGGGAAUCCAAGGGAAUCUGUGACAGGAUGUUUGCCUAUCCUUAAAUCUGGAGAUGAAACUAUUUCCAAACCACUAAAUAUUCUCAACUGCUUUCGCAAAGAGCAAUACAAUGCAGACUAUGACCUUUCUCCUAAGCAAGGGGCCGACACCAUGGCGUUCGUAGCUUUGAUCGAAGAGAAGCUUUUACCAGCUCUUCUUCACACAUUUUGGGUGGACGAUCAGAACUACACGGGGGUCACGAGGCCGUGGUAUGCGUCGACAAUGCCGUUCCCAUUCAACAUGUUCGCGCCAUACCGAUCCAGCCAGCAGGCGCUAACACGCCUCAAGCUCAGCGUGGGCCGCCCGCCGUAUAUGAGCCUCGCCGAAAUGGAAGCCCAGAUAUACUGGGAUGCCAAGGAGUGUUUGAAUCUAUUGUCCUUCCAACUGGGUGAAAAAGCAUUCUUCUUCGGAGAAAUGCCCUCGAGCUUGGAUGCGGUCGUAUUUGGUCACCUUGCCCCACUACUGAAAGCCCCACUUCUCACCAAGAAACUUCAACUGCAUCUCAAGGCCAUUGAAAAUCUCUGUGCAUUUUGUGAGAGAGUGCUACUGAGGUGUUUCCCUGGACAGGCCCCAGGGUCCCCAGCAGGGCCCAAUCAGCAGGAUGCCAAACUGCGCAAACUGACGCAGCUGGUAAACAUGGAGUCCAACCUCAUCGAAAAGAUGGACGGAAACCUGCGGGCGAGCCCCAAAGUGGCGCGGCGGGAGAUGUCAAACCCGAGCACGACGGCCUCCACGCCGACGGAGAACGGAGCACCCUCUCCUUUUCCGCUUCCGUCAGCUUAGCGGCUCUCAGUUGCCUCGUCGUUCUCUCAGGCCUGCUGUCCAAGGCCCAGCAGAGGAGCCAGUGUGCAUUGCACACGGCGGAGGAGAGGCGAUGAAAGAUGUCCGCUGCUGGUAAAUGUGAUCAGGGAGUGUCGAUGGUCGUGCAAUCAAAAGGUUUGUGUUGUGUACUACGUCUCGGUUAAUGGCCUACACAGGGACAAGGUACAUGUGGUUCACCGUCCACAUAAAAAAUAUAAAUGCGGAGUUUUAAAAAUUGCAGUGGUUUAUCAGCGAAGCGUUGGCGACCCAGAUCAUUGUCUGAUAAUGGAAUGUUUUAACUGGAGACCAACUUUAUUAAGGUGAAGACAUGCAUUAUUGCUAGUAUGUGAAAUCUGUUGCACUGGAUAGAAAUGCACUUUCUCCAAUUGAAGUAUGCCUAGUGUUUGAUCAUUGUGCUUUACACUUGUACGGCUUUUACUUAAAUACAUCGUUACCUUUGUUUAAAUUCUAUAGAUUUAUUGGAAAUGGCAAUUGGUUCUUUAUUUUCAAUAGCUGGUUAAGAUUAUUUUGAAAUGAAACAUUUGUGGUUUUGUGAACCGUUAAACACCUAUCCUUAGGUUUUUUCGGUAAAGUCACGUAGGUAAAAACAUUAAAAAAUAAAAUAAAAAUCACGACGUUUCGGAGGCAACACAAGCUUCCGUCUUCAGGUGGUACCGUCACAGCCACAACAGCUGUAUCAAGUAAAUGAGAGAUUGCAGGAGUUACCACUGCGUUUAUAUAAUGGUUGGAGAAGGUGGUGGGGCAUUGGCCGCAUCUUUAUUAUUAAUAUGGUAAGGUGAGGCUUGAGACUAAGAAUAGACUGCAUAACAAAGGCAGAGCCUUAUGGAGAGGUGCGGUUUGUGACUCAACCUGUAACAGGGAGACCACCACUAAACAUGGUAAAACAGUAAUGGUUGUCUGUCUGUUUUUUAAUGUUUUUACCUACGUGACUUUACCCGAAAAAACCUAAGGAUAUGAAUCAUUGCAGUCACGAAAGCUUCAAAUCUAGCGUUAAACACCUUUGAAAGGAUGUUUCAUUUUUUUUUCUACAUCGCAUAACUCAGCUUUAAAAAAUUAAACUAAUAUGUUGGUUGGCUCUUCAGGGUUCAAUAAUGUAUUAUAGGAGACUCAUAACUCGUAUUUUGUUUCUGUAUAUAACUAUGUAUAAACUUAUGUGCUUAUUCUGCAAGUGUUAUUAAACACAAAAUUCACAUUGAAAUGUUGACAAACUGUCCAAGUUUUUACACGCUUUCUUUUAACUCUGUUGUUGUCGUUGUAUCCUCAAAUCUUGUAACUCAGUUUUCACCCACUUCCCAAUGUGGUGUCGACUGCAAAUGUGGUAUACUAAUGUCAUAAUGAUGACAAUACUAUAUUCUAUCAUAAAAAUAUAUAUAUAUUUUAAUAUUCUUUUUUAUAUGUUAUGUUUUUCGGCUUGGGUCCAAUUGUCUACGGUCAACUGACGUUGGCUGUAAUUGGCCACGGUCCCUUACGUAAUGGCAAGCUUCGGGGCCACUUCCUGGAGUCGUGGAGUUCUGCCAUUACUCAUACAUUUCAUAAAAGCGUGUUUAAAAAAAAGUUUUUAAAAUAGUACUUAUUUAGAAGUGUAAAUGUUUUAUUUAAUGACCUGUGUUUUGUAAACUCUUUUUUCCGGUGGCAGUUUUUUUUUUACUCUUAAGUGGUUUCUAAGAAAAAACUACUUAGAACACGCACACAGUAUUGUUGUAUAGCCGCUUCAAAUAUGUUUUAAAAUAUUGUUUGCAAUUGCGGUAAAAUAAUUCACAUUUUCAUUUGGGUUUAG